UCCUUUUGCUCCUUCACUCGGAUGAGCUGAGAGCCCCGGGAGUGUGUUUAUGGAAAUAGUGGGGUGCCGAGCAGAAGACAACUCGUGUCCUUUCCGCCCCUCAGCCAUGCUCUUCCACGGGAUCUCCGGAGGCCACAUCCAAGGCAUCAUGGAGGAGAUGGAGCGCAGAUCCAAGAGCGAGGCCCGUCUGGCCAAAGGCGCUCAGCUCAACGGCCGGGACGCGGGAAUGCCCCCGCUCAGCCCCGAAAAGCCCGCUCUAUGCGCUGGCUGUGGAGGCAAGAUCUCGGACAGGUACUACCUGCUGGCCGUGGACAAACAGUGGCACCUUAGGUGCCUGAAGUGCUGUGAAUGUAAACUGGCCCUGGAGUCCGAGCUCACCUGCUUCGCCAAGGACGGUAGCAUUUACUGCAAGGAGGAUUACUACAGAAGGUUCUCUGUGCAGAGAUGUGCCCGCUGCCACCUUGGCAUUUCCGCCUCCGAGAUGGUUAUGCGCGCCCGAGACUCUGUCUACCACCUGAGCUGCUUCACCUGCUCCACCUGCAACAAGACUCUGACCACGGGCGACCAUUUCGGCAUGAAGGACAGCCUGGUGUACUGCCGCGCCCACUUCGAGACCCUCUUGCAAGGGGAGUAUCCACCGCAGCUGAGCUACACGGAGCUGGCGGCCAAGAGCGGCGGCUUGGCCUUGCCUUACUUCAACGGCACCGGCACCGUGCAGAAGGGGCGGCCCCGGAAGCGGAAGAGCCCAGCGCUGGGAGUGGACAUCGUCAAUUACAACUCAGGUUGUAACGAGAAUGAGGCAGACCACCUGGACCGGGACCAGCAGCCUUACCCACCCUCGCAGAAGACCAAGCGCAUGCGCACCUCCUUCAAGCACCACCAGCUCCGGACCAUGAAAUCCUAUUUUGCCAUCAACCACAAUCCGGACGCCAAGGACCUCAAGCAGCUUGCUCAGAAAACGGGCCUGACCAAAAGAGUUUUGCAGGUUUGGUUCCAAAACGCACGAGCCAAAUUCAGAAGGAACCUUUUGCGGCAGGAGAAUGGGGGUGUUGAUAAGGCCGAUGGCACGUCGCUUCCCGCCCCGCCCUCAGCUGACAGCGGCGCUCUCACUCCACCCGGCACUGCGACCACUUUAACAGACCUGACCAAUCCCUCUAUCACUGUAGUGACAUCCGUGACCUCUCACAUGGACAGCCAGGAGCCCGGAAGCCCCUCACAAACUACCUUAACGAACCUUUUCUAACAUUGAUUUUCUUUUCUUUUCUUUCUUUCUUUUAAUUAAAUUCUGCCUCUUCUUUUUUUAUUAUUAUUCUAAUUAUUAUUUUAUUAUUUGCAAGACUUUCUUUUUUUCCUUCUUCCAACCCACAAGAUAUUUGGGGAAUAAAAAUAACAGCUUGGUGUGUAGCAUCUGCAGCCACGUGGCAAAUGAGUUUAGCUUAUUGUUUCCUUUCAGUGAACAUAUUUUGUCUACAAAGUGUAUUUGGAGUUUUUUUUUUUUUUAAGAAAGAACUAAUUAGGUCUUUCAGUCGGUAAGGGGAGUUUUUGAAUCAUUCUAAUAAGUGCCUCUUAAAAUUGUAUAUUACUUAUUUCCAGCCUCUCCAGGGGAAAAAAGAGUGGUAUAAUGAUGGCAAAAAAUCAUAUUCCCACUUAAAUGAUUAGGUUAAUAAUGAAGCAGAUAAUUAGUUUUUAAAUAUUUCAAUUGUGUGAUUAUAGAAUUUUGAAGACUUCACAUUUAAAAAAAUUUAAACUGAAAAAAUAUAGAGCAUUUCAGUUUCUUGUGAACUGUUUGUUCACAGGAGGGAUAUGAUUAAACAGAAGCAUUUACAAUAGCAAUUUUAAAUAGUAAUAGUUAACUAGGCAGUACAUCUAUUCCAGGAAUGUGCAACUUUCCAAAACUUUUUACUCAGCUACUUGGUUUUCAACAUUUUAAAAAUUCCCUGUGUGUCCAUGAAAAUUCCACAUAGAAUUUGAAAUUC